AUGGAUAUUGAACACUUUCCAAAUAUCAGCUACGGAGCGACAGAUCCUCUUCUUACAAGCAAAGAACUCUACCCAUUUUUUUUCCAAACCCUUCCGAGUGACCGGGUCCAGUUUAACGCCAUUGUGAAACUUCUCAAACAUUUUGAGUGGAACUGGGUGGGUAUCCUCGCUUCAGAUGACGAUGUCGGAGAGAGACAGACUCGAGUACUGAAGAACAUGGGUGAAAUCCAUGGUAUAUGCUUUGAGUUCACACUAAAGAUGCCUCCAUUAGAUAAAUAUAAAAAGAUUCCUCGCUCUCGAUGUUCUGAAGAUUGUCCUCCUGGCUAUAGACGAGUUUUGCACAAAGGAAAGCACACCUGCUGCUUUGACUGCGUCCCCUGCUCGGAAGGAGAGAUCUCCAACACAACAGAUGGAGAAUCUUGCCAGAAAUGUCCUGAAGACCAAUGUCCAAAUGAGAAGAAGGAUAAAUGCGUUCCAAAACCCAUUGAAUUCUUGUCCUACGAAGAGGAUUCAGUUGCAUCAGUAUUUGGCUCUAUAUCAGUUUUCAUGUCUGUCAUAGCCUCCGUUAUUUUGGGGAUAUUUAUUUUAUACCAGGACACCCCCAUUGUCAGAGCUAAUAAUCAGAACCUCAGCUUCCUGCUCCUGGUCUGCCUCAUCCUGAGCUUCCUCUGUGUGUUUCUGUUCCUCGGUCGUCCUGAGGAUGUAACCUGCAUGCUGCGGCAAACUGCUUUUGGGAUCCUCUUCUCAUUAGCUGUGUCUUCUCUGUUGGCCAAGACCAUCAUGGUCUGCAUCGCUUUCAAAGCCACCAAACCCGGCAGCACUUGGAUGAAAUGGUUGGGAAUCAAAAUACCCAACGGUGUGGUGUUUAUUUGCUCAUUUAUUCAGGUUGUCAUUUGCAUCUGCUGGUUGUCUAUUUCUCCUCCAUUCUACGAAAUAAACACUCACUCCUCUCCUGGAAAGAUCGUUAUUCAGUGUAAUGAGGGGUCAGUAGUUGCCUUUUACACUGUCCUGGGGUACAUGGGCUUCCUGGCUGCUGUGAGUUUCGUUGUCGCUUUCCUGGCCAGAAAAUUACCGGACAGUUUUAAUGAAGCCAAAUACAUCACCUUCAGCAUGCUGAUCUUCUGUAACGUCUGGAUCUCUUUUAUCCCGGCUUAUAUGAGCGUUACGGGGAAAAACUCAGUCAUCGUUGAGAUUUUUGCUAUAUUAGCUUCCAGCGCUGGAAUUCUAUGCUGUAUAUUUUUUCCAAAAUGUUAUAUAAUUUUGAUGAAACCGAGCAUGAACACAAAGAGACAUUUACUAAAACAGGGGUUUUAG